UCCUCCUCGGUAUUUCAUAUGAAAUAGUCCCCACGAAACAAUAACAGACUUUUUGUGUAUUACUGGGGGAGAGGAUAUAUAGGAGAUUCGGCCGUUUUCACGCUUACAUCUCUUCACAUCCUCCAGAACCCACGCGCACCUCAUCCCUCCGCUCAUGCUUGGACAAGUUCUUAUCCAUCAACAACUCCCUCUAUUGCCUUCGGUAUUGGCCUGCCUUAAACUUUCUCAGGGUUGUAGUUACAGAAGUACAGGUAGAAAGCUUCUAAUUCCCGUUUAUUACUGUGACCCUCGUUGAGGGCAUCUAACAAUUACAUUGUGGGCGGAGGAAUCUAGGUAUAAUAGUGACGCCGUGACGCAGCUGGUUGCUAGGUGUGGAUGACCUGUUCUUUCUCUCAAUUAGUCGCCUCUCAGUCAUCAACUUCAUCACAACAAAGCAACAGCCAAGCUGCACUUCUGUCCUGCUCACUCCGAAGGAGCAAUGGCUUUUUAAUUUCAAAGCUUUAUCGACUCAAGGACCAACGUGCUUUGCUUUUGCAACGCACUCAAAACUCACAGCAAUAAUGGAGUUUCACAAUGUUUACAAAGCCCUCUUUUCUGUGGCUCAUCGCUCGAACUUCCCAAACUCUAAUAAUAAGAAGUGUGCCCUCCUCCUCCUUGGACCUCUAAACUGUGAGACGAGCGGACAAGAUGAUGGCAGUGUCGGCACCUAUUUGGAAGGCGCUACUCGCCUGCCCGGCAGAACCCCUCGCUCUCUCUCACCCACAGGCUAACCACAGCCAAUCGGAGGGACGCAGGGGGGAGGGGCCAGAGGAGAGCCAGCACUUAAUUGGUGAUGGUCUCACUGACUGGAUGACGGAAGAAGUGGAUUUCUCCUCUUACCUCCCAACCCCUCACUCCUCCCCCUCCCCCAAUGGCUCCCUUCCCCCCUCACCCCUCCAACAUGACAUCCAGGUGCCCUCGGAUUUGGAGGUCAUGACCUCUCUGCUGCAAGAAGAGCUCGCCCAACUGGAGGAUUACUUCCUGUCCGACCCACUUCCUGAGAAGACGUCCAAACUGGGCAAAUGUGACAAGGGUCCGACGCCAAUGGGGCCUCCAUCCUACUACCAGUUGCCCUACGCGUCAUACGCCUCAUCAAACCAACCGGAAUCCAGCCCACUCCUUGUUACCCUGGCAACUGGGGAACUCGACCUGCUGAGCUUCUGUGGCAGCCCAAUAGGCCGAUCAAAGAUUCCGAGACACGCCCCGUAUAGUUGCAGCAGCCGCCCCAUCAGCAAUGGCUGCGUCCGGAAGCGAGCGUCCGAGGGCCUGAGGGUGGGCGAGGGGGGCUACGAGCAUAGCAUCUGGAACUCCAAAGCAAAUAGCUCAGGUAACCCAGCGGUGGCACUUAGUGGAGGCAAUAGUUACAGCUGCGUUGAAGAUGAGCGGGUGGUGGGCAAAGGUUACUGCCUGGGCAGCACCGUUGAGAUCAGAAGGUGUGCCAUUUUACCAAAGGAAGAGAAAAAUUGCCGCUACACAGAAGAAAGCAUGGGUGGUGGUGGAGUCAGUGGCAAGAUCAUUGGCAGUAGCUAUGGCUUCUCUGGGCCUCUUGAAGGCCCACAUAAGAAAGAGGAGAUGUUGAUGUAUGGUGUUAGGGAAGUUAGCAUCAGCGGCAUUGGAGUUAACAAUGAGGUUGCGAUGAUGAGUGAAAGCAAAGGCAAUAACAGUGAAGUGGCGAAGGCCAACAUGCCUUGGAAGACCGAGUCCAACGACGGGUGCUUCCUACAGGGCUCAGCCCAGGUGGAGGCCUACCACAGCUUCCUAGACGCCAUCAGCGAGCCGGUCAAGACCGAAGGCAUGCAGAUGGGGCAUCAUCGCCAGCAUAAUGAGUUUCACUGUGGCUUCUUAGAAGGGCAGGGCUCCGAGUGCCUGGUAGGAGACAGGCCGGGCUCCGACAUGGGUUCUCCAGGGCCAAGGGUGGUGGUCCGCGGGCUGAAGGAGGACCCAUGCUCGCUGAAGGCCGAGCUGGACAUCCUGCCGGUGGAGGUCCCCCAUGGAGAGCGCAGGCAGAAGAAGCGGGACCAAAACAAGACAGCUGCUCACAGAUAUCGUCAGAGGAAGCGAGCAGAGCUGGACUGCCUGGAAGAACAACUCGCCGGCCUGGAAGGGAAGAACCGCGAGCUCCGCGACAAGGCGGAGUCGGUGGAGCGCGAGAUCCAGUAUGUCAAAGAUCUCCUAAUUGAAGUGUACAAGGCCCGCAGCCAACGCCUCAAGCAGGAGGCCAGCGCUUGAAACAUCUCCUGCACCUGCAUAUAAACACCUGACAUACAGUAACACCUGAUGCGGCCGUUAAAACCGAUGCCCCGGCGAAGUACAGUAGAUCGUAUUGAGAGCGAUUAUUGCCAGAGAAUGCAAUGCGAUUUCAGUUUAGAAUGUUUUUUGAAAGAGCCGAAUGUGAUUUUUUUCUAGGAAAAAAAAAAAACGGGAAAGGGGUUUCUUGCACGUUACAAGUGUUUUUGAUUUUGAUUUGAUUUUGUGGUUACAAACUGACAAAGUCCACCAGCUGCAGCACAAAUUCCCCUGUAUAAAGCUCUGCUUGAUCUCCAACUAAGUAAGCACUGUGAACCAGUCAUGUCUUAAGUGACAAUCAGCUUUUUGCGUGUGGGUAUCCUUUCUCCAAGACUACCAAUUAAAGCGGGUCCUUGUUUUAUAUUUAUAUGAUCAACUUUAAUUAAGUCUUAAGAAUAACACAUAUACUUUUUGUUUGUUUAGCAGAGGUGGUUUACCUGUAUUCCAACCUCUAGUAGUUUUGUUUUAUCUUAAUACCAUGCCAUUUAAUGGCUAUUUUCAUCACUGAGCGAAAACAAAAAAAUGCACUAAGUAGAAAAGCAAGUUCUUGUCAAUAAUAUAUGUUCCAAAAUUGUAUUCCCUCAGGAAAAUGAGCUUAAUGAAGUUUUAGUCCCUAAUGAAGUUCUGCAGCUCAGGUUUAGUCAUGUCCAAAGUUCUGGAGGUAUGUCAGUUUGUAACUUGUGUGUGCUACAAGCUCUAUGUGUGUUGGUCAUUUUUUCCGUUCUUUCCCCCUUGCAUGGCAACGACUUCAUGGCUUCUCAUGUAUAUUUUUUUGUUGUUUUUCUCUUGUUCCUGACAAGACUGUAUAGCACAACACCAGUGCACAAGUUCAGAGUGCUCAAAAGUCCCUCAUUUCCAGCAAGGAAAAAUGCCAGUCUCACUCCUUGCCCAGUCAUUUCAUUCAACAGUGAUGUGAAUGGGUACUUUGAUUCACAAACUACUGCUUGGUCCAAUCUCACUGCUGUAUAUGCGAGAACAAUCAGGGUUUGUGAUUUUAUAAAAAAAAAAAAUAGCUUGAAUGCUCUGAUUAUUUCUAUCUUUGAAUUGUUUCCUUGAGUGAGAAAAACUAAAAAGACAUUUAUAGUUAUACAGCCUUUUAUAUUUUUCACUAGAAUGUUUGUCGUAGCAUUUGAUGUUCAUUCAUUAACAGCAUAGAGUGCAAUGUCUUUUAGCAAUAUUUCAUUAACAUUUCAGUCAAUGUUAUGAUUUUGUAAAGUGAGUUUAUUUUAAACUCAGUUUGAUUUAUUUCAGCAUCACAGUAUACAUGGGCAUGAUGAAGACACAAUUGCCUGAACUAUGAAAGUAAAUGUGAUAUUUUAUUUAUUUAUUUAUUUAUUUAACUAUUUAUGUAUUGAUAAGUUGUUUAUAUUUUGUUUAAUGCACCUUAAAUAAUAUAGCAAUAUAGACCAGUAGCUUUUUAAUUUGUAUUUCUUUUACACAGGUUAAGUACUAGCAAAUAAUUUACAGUUUGGAGAUAAACAAUCAUGUUUACGAAAUAUAGCUAACAGUGCAAUGUGAUUUAGUCAUUUUGUGGUUUAGAUGUGUUUGAAUUAUGGGGGGCUACACGCAGUUGAGCUUACACUAUUUUGAUAUUUUACACCAGCUGAAAUACCAACAGUAGCCGUUUUUUAGGAGACAUGUCAAUGUGUCAUAAUUUGCUUUGUGCUCCAUGUCAUUCCUCUUACCCAAAUAAAGUGAUUUGUGACCGCAG